AUGGACGAAGAUGAACGUCAGAGGAAACUAGAAGCAGGGAGAGCUAAGAAAUCUUCCAACAUGCCACGAAACCAGUCACUUGCUAGCUUCAGACAGAAACGGGCGAAAAGCGUCAGUGCGGGGGCGCCGAAAAAGACGCAGAAGAGGAAGGGCCAGACUGUCACGCAGAAUGACAGCUCAACGCAAGACUGUCACGUAGAACCAGCACCUCCAUCAGCCAGUGACACAGAGUUGAACAGCAAGACCAACCAUGAGGAACCCCAAAAGCCAGAAAAAUCAGAGGUUCAGCAGAACCAGAGACAGAAGGAUCAGCCCACCAUCCUGGAGCAAUGCCCGUCCCCUGUGGAAGAGUUGAGAGACGAGGAGCUACUUGCACUAACUGGCAAAGAACAACUCAAGCAGUUACAGGAGGCUGUGGAGAAGCGUAAUGAGAUAAUUGCCAAGCUCAGCUCCAACCUGCAGGAGGCCUUGGCCAGCAGAGACCAGGUGCAGCUGGAGGCACAGUCACUUGCUGGACAGAUUCAGGCGCUACAGAGACAGCUCCAACAGACCAGUGCAGAUUUUCUGCGCAUCAAAAGUCAGUCAGGAGCUGAAGGCCUUAACAUUCAUCAACAGCAACCUCAGCAUGGCCACUGCUCCCAAGAUGCAGACCUCAGUUAUAAGGAGGCACCAUCAGAGGGAUCAGGAAGUGGAGGACCUGCCUUUCAUUCAAGUGUUGAAGUCUUCAGCACUGACGGUGACACUGAGACUGACGGUGUUCUGCACAAACUGAGGGCUGAGCUGGAAGAAGAAAGGGAGAACAGCCAACGCUUAAGUGCUGAACUAGCGGAGGAGAUGGAGAAACACCAACAUGUGCUUUCUUUACUGGAGAAGGAGAAGAAAAGAAAUGAAGAGGAAGGAAAAGAAAGGGAGGCACAGCUGCAAGACCUCCAGACCCAGUGCCUUGAGAUGCAGCAGUACAAAGAGGAGAAGGAGAAACUAAACAGAGAAGUGCUUGAGCUGAGGAAAAGGCUUCAUGAGGAAGAAGAUGCAGAGAGGAGAUUUAAUGAAGAGGUGGCCACAUCUGCCCUUCGUCUCAAGAGCCUUGAGGAGGAAAGACAGACACAGGAAGAGGAGAUGAAGAGGCUCAAAGAGGAGCAUAGGGAGGAAGUGGAGAGAGUCAGGCAGGUGUUGGAGGAAAGAGAGAAAGAACUGAUGUUUAGGGAGGAGGAGUUUAUGGGACUCAAAGCUUCUAAGAAUUGGCAGAACAAAGCAAAAGCUGGUGUUAGCUGCGAUGAAAGUAUUUGUUUAGAUGAGGCCAAUCUGGAAAGUGGACCUGAUCAGGACAGUAUGAAUGUAUCAAUACCUGGGGACAUUAUGAUGGAGAGAUACUUGUCUUCAGCUCCCCUUGCACACUCUCGGUCUUCAUUAGUCAAUGAAAGCUUCGAACACUGCAGCCAGCUGGACAUCUCUGCAGACCACAGUUUUGAGCUGAACAGUGAAGUGCUGGGAGAUGAGCCUCUGUUGUCAAUUUCAAACCGCCACCUCGACGAAAACGACAACCUCCAUGAUAAUUCCAAUCCUCAGUCUCUGUCUCAGUGGCUUCACAACUCCACUUCUGAAGAUCUGGAUAUGAGUAAACUGUCCGAGCAGCAGUUUGAGGAGACAGAUCUGGAGAAGGAGCUGCUUAAUCAGCAGUGUGGGGAGCUCCAUGAGGAGCUGGCUCUCAAGGACAGGGACUUGAAUGUAUUAAGGGAGGAAGUCUUGAGGAGUGCAGAAGAGCUGGAGGAGGCCAGGAGCAGGUGGGCUCAAGUAACAGAGGAGCUCAGACAAGCUCUCUGGGAACUUGAAGAGGAAAAGGAGAAACGGAGACAUGUUGAGGACGAGAUGAACUUGAAAGCCCAUGAACAAGACAACCUGAAGAACAAGCUUAGUGCCUUAAUGGAAGAAAGAGAAAAUGAGAAUGCAGUAAUGUUGAUGGGCGAGGAAGCUACUGGAACUCUCCUGCUCGUCCCUGAUAACUUUCUAUCAGAGGAGGAAGAUAAACUGGCAGGGGAGCUUAAGAAGGAGCAGGAGAAGGAGGCUGCACUCCCGUCUCAUCAAAAACAGCAGGAGCUGCUCGUAUCGUCUCUGCAGGAGAUGAAGCAGAGUGCAGACUCUGCGAGACAGAGCCCAGAGCCCAGAGAUGACAACCAGCUGCAAACACUACAGGCCCAUUGUGACCAUCUCAUGUCAGAGCUAGAGGAGACAAAAACAAAGCUUAAAGCUGCCUUAUUAAGUCAAAGCACCAUCAAGCUGGAUGAAACAUUAAAGGAGCUUGAAGCUACACAUGCACAGGUUCUGAAUAUCCAAACAGAGGUGGAGAGACUGCAGAAAGAGCUGGAGAAGAGCCACGCCAGUCUGGACAGUGCAGAGAAAGAGAGGAAUGAACUGGAAACUCAGAUCUUCUGCCUGAGACAAAACCUGGCCAACCUGGAGGAGGCUCAGGCCCAGGCAGUGCAUGAGAAGGAGGAGCACAAGAGAAAAGAAGAGGAGAUGGAUGAGAGGAUUAAAAUAACAGAACAAGUCUUAGAGGAGGAACUUGAACAGUUUGAGAACUUGCUAAAAGCCAAGGAUGUUGAGUUGGCUGAAGAGAAGGAGAAAUGGGAGGAAGAGAGGCAGGAGAAGGAGAAGGAGCUCCUUGAUGUGAGGCAUCUCAUGGAGGAGCAGAGGAGGGAGAGGGAAGAGGAGGUUAAGUCUCUCCUGGAGAAGCAGGUCCUAGCUGUGGAGGAGGUUGGAGAGAAGCUCAAGACAUCUCACCAACAGGAGAUAAAUGACCUGAUGGAGAAACAUAAACAAGAGAUUUCUGACUUGAACACCCACGUGGAGACGGAGCUGCUGAAGCGGCAGGCCAGUAUGGAGGAAGAACAAAAGGGACAAAUCAGCUUAAUCAAACAGGUGACUGAACGUGAGCAUGAGCGGAUGGUGUCCGAGCUGACUGUCAAACACACUGAGGAGCUUAGUCAAUUGAAGACAGAGCUGUCCCUGGAGCUGAGAGAGAGCAUGGAGGCUGCCCACCAGGCUGAACUGCAGCAGUCACAGGCCCAAAAGGCCCUCGAGCUUGAAGCCCUGCGUCUGAGCUUGACCAACGUCCACAUGUCCCAGCUGGAGCGCUCCCAGGUAAACCAGGAGCAGCUGGAAAGACUGCGUGAGCUGCACCAACAAGGCAUGGAUGAGUUGAAGCAGCAGUGGGAGAUUCGUGUUGCUCAGGAGAGAGCGAGCAUGGAGGAAACACAGACCAAAGAGAUACAGGCUCUAAAGUUACAGUGGGAGAAGGAGGCUGAGAGCACCCGGUCAAAUCUCCACACAUCUCUCUCAGAGACCCAGGACAGCCUCUCUGCCACCCAGACAGAACUCGCCAGCACCCAGGCCUCCCUCGCCCAGAUCAACAAAGCUCUAUCUGAAGCCCAGGCAGCUCUGUCACAGACCCAGUCAGAGCUGCGGGAGUCACAGGCCAGGCUGGAGGAACUCCAGACCUCCAGUAAAGAGGAGAACCAAAAACUAGAAGAGGAGCUGAAACAAGCCUGGGCUGACAGAGAUGCUGCUGCUUGUUCUCUGGAGGAGUUGGUUUCUAGUCAUAAGGAAGUGCUGCAGGAGAAAGAGCAGAAAGUACUACACCUAGAGGAGAAGGAGAAGCAACUGCAGCAAGAGGUUGUGCGCUUACAGGAGGAGAAGACUUUGCUGAAACAGAGCUCAGAACAGGAAGUAGGUCAGCUGUGGAUCCAACUGGAGAGCAUGAGGGCUAGUCGACAAGAGUUGGGAGAGCUGAAGGAGCAGCUGCUCGCUCGCUCGUCUCGUGUUGAUGACAUCGAACGCCUGAAGACAGAGUUUAAUGAACAAAAACGAGGAAUCAAAGAGCAGAAUGAGGCUGAGCUGGAAAGCUUGAGGAGGUACUUUGAGCAGCGGUUGCGUGUGACAGAGGAGAGCCACAGAGAGGAAAUUGCUCUGCUUCAGCUAAGACUGGUAGAAGGUGCUUUGGAGGAAUCUGUGCUUAAAACCACAAAUGACAGUUCCAUUUUUCAAGAUGAAGCUGAAGAGGAAAAAGAUGUUCUUUCUGGUACCAGCCUCAAUCUUGAACAACACAAGGAGUUGCUUGACAGUUUGCGCCUUCAGCUGGAGGAGAAACACUCAGUGGAGCUUGCCAACCUACGAUCCUCCUUGGCUCUUUCAUUCAAGGAAGAGGUGAUGCAGGUGCGCUCAGACCUCACAGACCAUUACUAUGAAGAGCUGCAGGAGAUGAAGACUCGUCAUGCUUUGGAGCUAGAGCAACUCAAAGCCAAACUUUCUGACAGUCACUUACGAGAGCUUACCAGAGUCCGUUUGGAGGCUGCAAGGCAGGUUGAGGUGGAGGUCGAACAGAGACUGUGGUGUCACACUGAGGAGCUGCAGACAAGGAUGACCAUCAUCCACACCCUGGAGAACAGACUGGCUGCCAUGAGUGAACAGCAUGAUUCAGAAAUGCAGAAGAGCACACAGAAGUUGAAACAGGAGUUUGCUGGGGAGCUCGUUUGUCUUGAGGCAGCUCUGAAACAAGAGAGGGAGCGUGUGCAGGAAGAGAUGAAGAGGUUGAGAGAAGAGCUCCAAGAGAAACAUGAAGCUGAGAUAUCUGUCCUGAGGUCAGAUCUUGUCCGGGAGACUGAGAAAGAGCGGACACAUCUUGAAAAAGCACUUCAUGAGGAGAAGGAGAAGUUAAAGUCUCUACAGGCUGCACUGGACAACAAUGACAGCCCACAGGUCCUAAUCGUGAGGCAGAGACUGGAGGCCCAGUAUGACAGUGAGCUGCAAAAGGCAAAGAGCUACAUGGCAACAGAAAUCAAGGAGCUCACUGCUCUCCUCAAGGGGCAGGGUGAAGAGCGGCUACAUCAAGCUCAAGAGAGGUUCCAAGAGGAAAAAGCAGUGUUGGAGCAGCAUUUGGUCCAGAAAUAUGAAAUCUCUCUGGCAGAGCUAAAGAACAACCGUCAAACUGAGCUGGAACAUGAGAGGGCAACACUACUCAAGAAACACUCCCAAGAGAUGGACACACUCAAUGCCAAAUACAAAGCACAGCUAGAUUCACUCAGUGCCAGUCACAGAGAUCAGCUUGCAGCUAUUGCUGCUGAUCUUGAAUCCAAACACAAUGCUGAGAUUGUUGCCUUGGAGGCGGCCCUCAAUUCCAAACAAAACGCAGACCUUGAAAGUCUGGAGGUCGUGUUUCAGGAGACCAAUCAGGCUCAGCUGGAGGCUCUAGAAGCUGAGUUAACUCGCAAACACCAGGAAGAGAGCGAUGAAUUGGAAAAGCGGAUGCUGGGUAAUAUGGACACUUUGGAGGCCACAUACCUGAAGGAAGUACAAACACUGCGGGAUGAAAAGUUGCAGCUUGAAGAGAGGCACCGUCAAGAUCUGAAUCGCCAGAAGUCAGAACAUAGACAGAUAAUUGAGCGCCAUGCUGCAGAAGAGCUGUCCAUCAGGGAGGAACUGAGGAAAGAACUGGCUCAGGUACACAUGGAGAAGUUUAGUGCCAUGGCAGCAGAGCUCAGCCACAUUCACAAGACUGAGCUGGCUGUUCAAAAAGAUGCCUUAGAUACUGAACACUGCAAAGCCCUGGAGACCCUCAAGAAGCAGGUUUUGGAGCUUGAGCAACAACACAGCACUGCUCUCCAGGAGCUCUCUUGUACCUACAGUGCUGAGAAAGAGCAACUCAUCAGGCAGCACAAACUCCAGCUCCAGGAAUUAAGGGGUGUCUCUGCAAGGGAAUUGGAGGCAUGUCGCAGGGAGCUUGAAGAGGAGUCAUCAAGGCAACGUCAGCACUUCCUAGAGGAGGUGGAGCUCCUCAAAGUCCAAUCAGAGGAGAGACUGCAGGAUAGGAUAAAUCAACUGAAGACGGAGUUUGAAGAGCAGAAGGAGGCGGAGCUUGAGAACCUGAGGCGGUGCUUCACUUCUGAACAAGAGAAGAAGGAGCAGAGCUACACAGGCAAAAUGAGCCAACUUACUGCCCAGCUGCAGCAGCUUGAUGCUGUGGUGGCCCAGCUGCGAGCAGAGGUUGGCUGUCUGCAGGGAGAGUUAGAAGGGAAGCGUGCAGAAAUGGAGACCCUGGACACCCUCCUUCAACGAAGGGAACGAGAAAGUCAGGAGGGAGGCAACCUUCUAAAGAUGCUCACUGAUGACUUGCAGACUGCCAAAGAGGAAAGACGUAAACUGCAUAAGGCCAACGAAAAGCUGGGUAAGGUGCUGAUUGAGAUGCUUCGCAGCACUGUUGCAACAGAGGAGCUGAUUGGCCAAAAGAUCAGUGCCAGAACCAAAACAUCUCAGCAGGCGACUCAUCAGAGGAGCUCAUCAGGGAUGAAAGAUCCACAAGAGUCAGGUAUCUCAGUUGCAGACUUGUCAUCAGAGGACCUGGAGCUAACCCAGCGGCUCUGUGAGAGCCUGCUGGUUUCAGAUACUCAGAUCAAUCCUGGAGGAGAAGAAGCAGCUCUGAAUGCCUGCAGCAGACUGCGACACACAGUAGACACACUACUGGAGCUGCUCAACCAGGCCAACACACAGCUGGAGCAGACUCAUGAUGUCCACAUUUCUCUGGAGGAAAGGUUCUCUCAGGGCAGAGAAGACUCCGCCCAGCUUCUUGAGCAGCACAAGCUCUUAUUGGAACAGCUCGAUCAGGAGGCGAAGCUGAAGAAUCAGCUCCAGCUGGAGCUCCACAAAGCAGAGGGGCUUCUAGAGGGCUACGUGGCUGAGAAAGUGGUCCUAGAGGAGUCUCUGCAGCAGAAGGAGGCCCAAGAGGAGAGACUAGUGGAGGAGCUGGAGGACCUGAAGGUGAAGCUGCACCAGAUGCAGAGCCUCACCGGAGAGCUGGACAGCCUCAGAAUGAAGCAUCAGGAGCUCAGUGAGGAGCACACAAUUCUCCUGCGUCAGAAGGAGCAUCUCUCCGCUGGUCUGGGGGAGAGGGAGAAAGCUCUACUAGCAGAGACAGAGCGUUUGACCCAGGACAGGCUGGACUUGCAGCGGCAGGCAGAGAAGGACCACGGCUCUCUGUCUCAGCGCCUCAGGGCCCUGGAGAGAGAGCUGGAAGAGCAGGAAACAAAGGGCCUGGAGACAGAGCUGCACCACAAGACCCACACUGAAGACCUUAACCAGCGUGUCCAAGCACUGGAGAAACAGCUGAAACACGACCGCCAGUUCAUAGAGGAGCAAGCUGUGGAGCGCGAACAUGAGAGAGACGAGUUCCAACAGGAGAUCCGAAGGCUGGAGGUCCAACUCAGACAGACUGCCAGUGUGGAUAACAAAGGACACAGGUUUGAGGACUUGGUUCUGCAGGUGGAAAGUCUACAAGCUGUCAUCAAAGACAAGAUGGAGGACCAUGCCUCCUUGCUCGCAGCCAAUCAGCAGGCCCAGCGCGACCUUGCAGAACGCAACGAGGAGAUAGACAAGCUAGCCGGGAGAAUCAGAGAGCUAGAGCAAGCACUGCUUAACAGCGCUGAGAGUAAUAGGUCUACCAGUCAACUUGAACAAGAGCUUCAGAGAGUGAAGUUGAGAGAACAGGAGCUCACACAAGAUAAGCAGGCACUGGAGCAGCAGCAGCUGUCUAACAGGCUUCAGAUCUCCGCUCUCCAGUCCAAACUGGAUGAGACGAGGCACUGUUACCAUGACAACACGCGUGACCCCACUCAGGAGCUUAGGGAUGCCCUGGACACUGCUCAGCAAAGCCUCCAGAGCAAAGAGCAAGAGGCUGAGGUCCUGCUUGGUCAACUGGAGAAUGUGCAGAGAGACUUGAACAUCAAAGAGGUUGAACUAAAACACCUCACACUACAGCUGGAGCUUCUGACCAAUCAGAAUGCAGCUCAUGUUAAUGAGCUCCAGGAACAGAUUGCUGCACUGAAGGAGACUGUGUCGGCACUCACUAUAGUCAAGGAGGAGAAAGAAGAACAAAGUGAUGUGGAGGAAAUGGAGGAAGAGACACUUCCCUCAGCACUACUCCAGGAGAAAAACCAGGAGAUCGACCAUCUCAACAAUGAGAUCCAAAGGCUUGAACAGGAGCUGGAGAAUACCAGGGACAACAAGGCUUUUGAGAUUGAGCUUGAGGAUCUACGCUCACAGGUGGAACAUCUUCAGUCUGAAAUCGCGAGAGUGCGUCAGGACAAAGAGGAAGAAGAGGAGCGCCUUCAUGAGGUCAUCAGCACGCUGCAGGCAGAACUCGCCACACUGGGCCCCAACCUACAUGAAGUUAGCGACUCUCAGGAUGGUGACAGCAUCAAUCCCUCACCCGCUCCCAGUCCUGAACCUCACCACUACACUGUCCAGGAACAGGAGAGGAGGGGAGGGCCAAGCAGCCUGAAGCAAGAGCUCAGUCUGACUCAUUCUGCAUCCUCUCGAUCCCUUCGAUCUCGUCUCAAGGCUCUUCAGAGUCAGCUUGAGACUGCAGUGGCAGAGAAAGAGGGACUAGAGCGAUUAUUGCUCACCCAGGAGGAAGAGUAUAGAGGACAUGGUGAGGAGUUUGGGAAAAGGCUGAAAGCUGAGAGGGAGAAGGCAGAUGAGCUCCAAGGUCUCCUCACCCUCAAGGAAGCUGAGCUGGUGGAGAUGAAAGAACAAGUAGAAGAGGAGAGCGACAAGAGGAAACUAUCUGAGGAGGAGAGGGACAGUUGGAAAUUUCAAGCUGAAGAGGUGAGCUCCCUGCACAAGGAGAAAGCCCACCUUAACACCCUGGUUACUGACCUCCAAAAGAAAGAACGGGAGAGGGUGAGAGAGCUUGAGACUCUAAAAACAAAGGAGCAGGAAAUUAAAAUAGAAAUAGAGGUUCUCAGAGAAACCAGUCUCACUCUUGAGAGACAAGCUCAGGAGGUAAGAGCCGAGGUGGUAGACAUGGAGGAAGUGGUUGCUGGGGAAAGGGCAAAGAUUAAAACACUUGAGACUGUGAAGGGAGAGCUUUCUGCUGAAAGUGAGGCACUGAGGAGGAGGGAGGGGCAACUCCAGGAGGAAAUCGAAAGGCUUAGACAGGAGGCGACUUCAAUGAGAGGCCUAAUCCAGGACCUGACAGCUCAACUCAAUGAAAAGGAAACCAGUCAAGAAGAGGCUCAAAAGGAGGUGCUGACACAUGCUGAAGUGACCCUGGCUAAAGCAGACGCUGCCUUGAGACAGAAGGAGACUGAGCUCAUCAGACUGAGAGCAGAUCAUCAGGCUCUGAGGGUGGAGCUGACUGCAGUGAAACAGGGUCUGUGUACCAGUACAGAGAGGGCUGAGAAACUACAUGAGGAAGGACAGACCAAAGACCGUGCCCUUGUUGACCUGGAUAAUGAUAACCAGCAGCUGAAGGCAGAGCUUCGAGGUUUACAGGAGGACCUGGCUCUACAGGAAGAGGAAUUGGCCUAUCAACAAAAAGAACUACAGCAACUCCGACAGCGCUGUCAACAACAGGACACACUUCAUCAUCAACAAGGAUACGCACAGAAAGAUAUUUCUCACAGAGCUUUUGAGGACAUUGUGAGUGUCUCUCGUGAUGAAGCCUCUCUGAGCUCUCCAGAGGUUUUAAGGAGACUUGAAUGCUCCGAGGACAGAAUCCCAGAACGGUUCCACGCCUCUGUUCUCUGCUCUCGCCUGUCUGAGCUCAGUGCUCUGAACAGCACAGGCCUGGAUCUGCCCCAGGUCAAGACAUCUCCCAGGGUUGUGAUGGAGCCUCCCCACUCUAGAACCAUCACACCAGAUCCAGCCACACAAAAUACCCACUCCCCAGGCUCAGUGUCAGUCUCUGACAACUUCUCCAUGCUUGACUCUCUGGAUGCUGACAAAGUGCAUGAGUUGGAUGGACUUGAUCUAACAACCCCUCCAUCCCCCAUUGGCUCAAUCUCCUCCUUAUCAGCACCAGAAUGGGCCAGUGAUGGAUAUGGAAGCAAUGUGAGUUCAGAGUUGGGUGCGAGGCUCAGAGUGGAGCUUGAACAGACUGAAAGACUGGAUGCUCAGUUUGUUGAGUACCUCCGCUGCCGAGGGAUGAACCCAACAGUUAACACAGAUAGUGCUGCAGGCAGUAUGAGCUACAGUGAUGACCUGUUAUCACCUGAGCUUCAGGGUCUGUUGAAGAAAGUGUAUCAAGAAAGCUGCAGAAUUCUCACCUUGUCCCAACGGCGUGCCACUUCCUCCUCCCAGCCUCAUGUCUCAGACUUAAAAGCCUUCUCACUGAGCCAAGCACAGCAGCAUUGUGAAGAUAGGUCCACCCUACUGGACAAAUCAUCCUCCAACCCCCCUAUGAGCUGGCAGCAGGAGAAAAGGGCACUGCAGGAGACUGUGAUUGCCCUCCGAGAGCUGCUCUGUCGAAUGGCAGAGAGACAUACACAAACGGACUACAGAGGUGAAAAUGACUGGCACAGAGAUCAACUACACACUGAUGGACAGGUUGAAUCCCACCUAAAGGUGGAGCUGGAUGAGAGUCGGAAACAACUGAAAUGUGCUCAUGACACUCAGCAAGAGCAAAAUAACAAAAUGCAAUCACUCAGGCUUGCCAUCGAAGAAGGUGAGGAAGCUUUGAGGAGGGAGCAAACCAGAGUCCAGGAGCUUCAACAACAACUGGAGCAAGAGCGAGCUCUUAGUGUCCGUAAAGAAAGAGAGGAAGAGGAAAGGAGAGAGGCUAUGCAAGUAUCCUCUGAGCAGCAGAGGUCAGAGGUCAUGGCUCUGAAGGGUCAGGUAGAACAGGAGAAGGUGUCCUGCAGCAACCUCAGACGUGAGCUUCAGAUUGAACAGUCUCGCAGUAUGCUGCUGGAGAAACGGCUUGACGACACCCAGAAGGAGCUAGAAGAUGAACGUCAACGUUCUGCCCACCAACAAGAUCUCAACUUGACAGAAAAGACUCGUCUCGAGCGUCUCCUGACUGAGGCAGAAUCUCGUUUGGGUGAGAUUCACUCUAAACUCGCAGAUGCUCACAGAAAGCUGGAUGAAGAGAGAGACCGAAGCUCCAGGCAGGUGGAUGAGCUCAGCCGCAGACAUGAGGCUGAUGCAGCCAGAGACAGGAAGUUUAUCUCCGACAUGCGUGUCCAGCUAGAGCAGGAGCGAAGCCAGGGGGAGGAACUGGCAGCUGUGACAGACAAACUGAGGGCCGAGCUACUGCAGAGCAGAAGGAAGUGGGAAGAGGAGGACAGAACGAGGAGGGAGGAGCUGCAGAGGGAGCAGGAGGCCGCCACUCGACAUCGUGUAGCUAUGGAGACCUUGAAGGAGCAGAAACAGGAAGCCAGCCUUGCUUUAGAGGUGGAGCGAGAGCGGUCCAAACGCCAAGGGGCGGAUCUCGCAGAGCUGAAGGAGAGACUCCGACUGCUGAAGGACAAAGAGAGGGAGAGGGAGGAGCAGUGGGAGAGGGAGAGGAGGAAGGGGAGGCAGGAGCAGAUGGAGAAGGAGAUACGACAGGAGAGAGCCAAUAACAAACUGUGCGAGUUGGAGUUGUUGAGGCAAAAGGACCAGCAGCGCAUGCAGGAGCUCCAACACACUCUGGCAGAGCUGGAAAGAGAGGAGAAAGAGAUGGCUGCUCAUAGGCUGUCUGGACGAACCACAGGACAGCAGCACAAGGCUGCAUCUUCACAGCAUCUCCAAAGCAACUUCCAGGCUGACAGCGCCCAGGCAGGCAGCUCACAACAUAACCAGCAGAUACCGUCCAUGUCCUCGUCAUCAUCAUCCAGUCUGCUGGAGAGGUUGUUGAAGGAGAACUCAGAGUUGACAGAGCGGGUAACAUCACUGAGUCAGGAGAGAGCCACUCUCAAACAUCGACUCACCCUCCUGGAGCGGCAGCUGCGCCGCACAGAGAAUGAGCUUGCCAAGAUCACCACUGAAACUGAAAACAGACCCAUCAAUGAUGUGACCAGCAACAGCAAGAUGCAGCGUUUGUAUGAGCGUUACCUGCGCGCUGAGAGCUUCAGGAAAGCUCUGGUGUACCAGAAGCGUUACCUGCUGCUGUUGUUGGGAGGUUUCCAGGAGUGUGAGCAGGCCACACUGUGUCUCAUCGCUCAUAUGGGGGCACGGCCCUCACUUCCACUCUCCUCCCAGCGCAGACCCCUCGGACGAUUUAGGGCUGUUGUACGAGUUGUCAUAGCAGUCUCAAGAAUGAGGUUCCUCACCAAAAAAUGGCAGAAAGCAAUUAGAAGAUUAUCUUUAUCUGGGACUGUCAAUGGGCAUGCUCCAGGACCUAAAGUUGAAGUUUUAAGGCAGCAACAGCGAAGAUCAAAUUCUGACUCGCCCCCAAACAGAGACACGGUGUCAGCUCUUGUUCCACCCAGCAAAUCGCCCUUCAGGUUGCACAACAGGUCAUACUCCAGCACCUCUCUGGCCUCGGGGCAUUCAGGGGGAACGUCUCAGGACCCAGAGCUAUCCCUGACAGAUUAUAUCCAUCAUCUAGAGAAAGUCCAGCAACGGUUGGUGGGAGCCAGGCGAGUAAGCAAGACUCAUUUAGCCGUGCCCCCUAAAGAGGAAAGGAGGAUACAGUCAGCCUGUUCCCCUGAUAUGAUUGGUUAUCGGCAGCGCUGGCUGCAGGAGAACAGGACGUGGCUGUACCUGAGCUGCUUGUCGCCACUUUACCUGAAUGGUCCAGGUGAGUGUGAGUGUAACAUACUCACUCCACCAAAUAAUAAAGCAGCACAAUGCUCUUCUCAGAAUGGGUACUGACUUGUCAGCAGUCACUGAGUGCACUAGACUUUACACUGCGGUCUCAAACAAACACGUCCUGCAGGUUUCUCACCCUCCUAUAAUUCAUAGCA